CUUCCUAAAGAUGCUGCAGGACGAGGACAUCAACGUGCGCCGCGUCGCUCUGGUGAUGUUCAACUCCGCGGCUCAUAACAAACCUUCUCUGAUCCGCGGUCUCCUAGCAACCGUGCUGCCCCACCUCUACAAGGAGACCCAGAUCAGGAAGGACCUCAUCAGAGAGGUGGAGAUGGGUCCGUUCAAACACACGGUGGACGACGGUCUGGAUGUGCGUAAAGCUGCGUUUGAGUGCAUGUACACUCUGCUGGACGGCUGCCUGGAGGGUCUGGACGUCCUGCAGUUCUUAGACCACGUGGAGGAAGGACUCAGAGACCACUACGACAUCAGGAUGCUGACCUUCCUGAUGUUAGCCAGGCUGGCGUCCAUGUGUCCUGCUGCCGUCCUCCAAAGACUGGACCGUCUGAUUGAGCCGCUGAAGGCCACGUGCACCACCAAGGUGAAGGCGGGGUCUGUGAAGCAGGAGUUUGAGAAGCAGGAGGAGCUGCGGCGCUCUGCCAUGCGCGCUGUCGCCGCCCUGCUGGCCAUCCCUGAGGUGGAGCGGAGCCCCAGCAUGGCCGACUUUGCCAACCAGAUCAGAACCAACGCUGACAUGGCGUCCAUCUACCAGAGCGUCCAGGGAGGGGAGGGAGGGGGGUUAGCCCACGCAGAGAGCAUGGACACGAGCUAGUUGCUAUGUAACAAAGAAACAGACGAUCACUGCUGUUUUUGUUAACAGAGUUUUUUUUGUUUAAAUUUUCCGCUCUCAGAAAAAUAAAUUUUAGGAUUUUGAAAACACUUAACAGGUUUCUUGUUUACUUUGUUUUCUUACCAAAACAAAGGCAUGUCCUCCUUCUAACUUUAGAUUCUGCUCCUGAAUGCUCUGGAUUUGUUUGGACCAGAGAAGGUAGGCGCUUUUAAGGUGACCCCCCCCACACGGCCGUUUUGGACGCUCCUCGGUUUGUCAGAUAUGAGAGCAGUUAUCAGGUCAACAGGUGUUGCAGUGAUGGAAGCGGUCAAGAGAAGUGGUUCAGAUAGAAGUGAUUGUACCCGACCUAAAAAGCCUCUGCAUGUUUCUAAUAAGCUCCACGAGCAGAAACGUGCUCAAACUAGGAUCAAUAUUGGAGAUGCUUUUGAAAAAUGGAGAGAGGUUAGAACACAGAAAGGUUUACAGACCCAUGCAGAGCUGGAUAAACACUGAAGCUUCAGAGUCCACCACAUGGUGACCUGAGUGAGCAUGUGCUCUAGAGAGGAUAUGGCAAGCCCUUUUAACAGUCUGGCUGACAAGUAGCAAUUUAGUUUUCACUAGUGGAAAUUACAUUUCAACAUGUCAAAGUUACAUUUUGACAUGUUAAGAUAUCUGUAAAACCAUUUUUACACGUUACAAAUAUAUUUCUACAUGUGGAAAUGUAAUUAUUAUAUUAUAUUAUUACAGAUAUCUACAAUUCAAUUUCCACAUGUUGAAAAGGGAUUGUUACUAGUGGAAAUGUAAUUUCCCAUUUCAGAUAUCAAUAAUUGCAGUUUCGAAUAUGUGGGCGUGACGGGCCGUCAUAUUAGUAGUGUACCAUACAGCCAUUGGUCGACUUUUAAAUAGUUCAUGAAUAUUCAUUGUUACUGUAUUGUUACUCUGCAACAGCUCCUGUCUGGCUCGAUUCGCCACAUUAAAGAUUCUGUCAAAUGCAGAAACUGCGGUCUCAGUGUUUCCGUCUCGCUGUAGCCUAAUUACCAUAUUAAUUUUGGAUAUGUCUGUACACAAUUGAAGAUAUCUACAAUGGCAUUUUGACUAGUUAAAAAAAAUUGUAGAUAUCUCUAAUAUAAUUGUUACACGUAAAAAUGUAAUUACAGAUAUCUGGAAUUACAUUUUUACAUGUAAUAAUUCCAGGUCAAGAUAUCAAUAAUGUAAUUUCGACUAGUAAGAAUUGCAUUUUAGAUAUCUAGAAUUAAUUUAUGAUAUCUGUAAUGUUAGAACAAUUGUAGAUAUCAUAAAUGAACUUUGUCACUAGUAAGAAUACAAUUGUUGAUAUCAAGAAUUAACAUUUUUACUAGUGAGAAUUGAGUUGUAGAUAUCAUGAAUUUCAAUUGUGACAUGUCAAAAUGUCAUUAUGGAUAUGUCGACUUUAAAUUACAACAUGUAAAAAUUGAAUUACAGAUAUCUGUGAUUCAAUUUGAAUAGAAGUCAAUGGCACAAGUUGACAAGUUGUAAUUAAGUUACAGAUAUCUACAACGAGCAUUUCCACUAGUGAAAAAUGAAUUGUAGAUAUCUUUAAUUAGAAUUGUUACUAGUGAAAAUUACAUAGUGGAUAUGUCGGCUUGGAAUUCUAACAUGUCAAAAAUCAAUUAUUGAUAUCUACAAUUGCUAUCACCACUAAUACUUAAAUGUUAAAAGGGCUUGCCAUAGAGAGGAGGGGGUGGGGGGAGACAGCACUCUAUGAUGUUUAGA